AUGUCAAAAUUCCUAAUUUUCUUAAUUGUAUUAACUACCUUAAUUAAUUUAAGUGAAUGUAAAGUAGAUCGUUGUCGCCAACCUAAAGCUGAGGGAAAUAAUUGUGGAGGUACUCGUUGGUGGUAUGUAGCUAAAGAGAAAGCUUGUAAGUCAUUCCAAUACAAAGGAUGUGGGGGAAAUCAGAACAAUUUUAAUUCCAAAGCUAGUUGUCAGAAGUCUUGCAAAGUAAUUAAUUAA